AUUUUGAAUAACAAAAGUAGAAAACUAAAAUCAAAGCAAAACAAAAACACAAAGGAAGGAAGAACAAGAAUAACAAAAUGUCGUGGCAAACUUAUGUGGAUGAACAUUUGAUGUGUGAUAUCGAUGGCACUGGUCAUCACCUCACCGCGGCUGCCAUUCUCGGCCAUGACGGUUCUGUUUGGGCUCAGAGCACUUCAUUCCCUCAGUUUAAGCCUGAUGAGAUUACUGGUAUCAUGAAAGAUUUCGACGAACCAGGACAUCUUGCACCUACUGGCAUGCACCUUGGGGAAAUCAAGUACAUGGUUAUUCAAGGAGAGCCUGGAGCUGUCAUUCGUGGGAAGAAGGGAUCUGGAGGUAUAACAAUAAAGAAAACUGGACAAGCUCUUGUUUUUGGCAUCUAUGAAGAACCUGUUACUCCUGGACAGUGCAACAUGGUUGUUGAGAGGUUGGGAGAUUACCUCGCUGAACAAGGUCUCUAGACCAUGAAUCAUCAAGAUUUGACUAUUUUGUUUUUUCGUACUAUAUUGUUUUGAUAUAUUUCUCGGAUUAGGCGUGUCCUGGUGUCGGACACGUGUCCGACACCGACACAUAUAAUUUUAAUUAAUUAUGUGAUUUUCUCAAAUUGUUAGAGGUGUCGGCAUGUCAGUAUUGUGUCGUGUCCGUGUAUCCAUGCUUCAUAGCAUAUAGGGAAGCAAUAAGCUGUAGACUCCUUGUUUUGUAUUUGUUAUCCUUCUAUUGUUAACUUCA